AUGGUGUUGCACAUUCCGCCUUCUGGGCGGCUCUUGAAGCGGUUGUGGAGCGAAACGGAGGCACGAGACAGCCGCGUAGAGAGACUUGCCCAUUUGCGAGAAGAAAACGCUCUCAAGCAAGUGCGCGUGCCAAGCGACAGCGCUCGUCUCCUCCUGGGCACCCUUUUGGCAGCCGACAAUCGACUCUGGGCAGACGCGACGCUUGCCACUUGCCCCUGCAUCUCCUCUCUGGAUUGGGUUUUCAGUCGACUGCUCGAGAACCUGCCGGAAGGCGAAAUCGAGGGAGAAAAGUCUCGCUCCGGCUGGCGACGCUUCUUGACGCCCUUCGCUGCGUGCCCCGCCGCUCCUCCGGUCAUGUCCGACGGUCUGCCGCGUGCCAGCAUCGCGCGCGCUCUUCGUUACCUCGCCCACCUUCUCCUUCGGCCUCUGGACGAGAGCCUUCUGCAGCCUUCUUUCCUUCCCCCGCCCUUCUCUGAUCGCGGAGACGCCGAGGCCCCGUGUCCCUGUGCAGGCGUGUCUCCCUUCCUCAACGCCUCGCAGUGUCGGCCAGGCACAAAGAGAGAGGCAGAAGUUUCAUCGGCCGAGGAAGGCAGUGGCGCGUGUAUGUGGCAAGAGGGCCAGAGUCUGGCGCUGCGCCACGUUUUUUCUAAUUGGCUGCAUGCGCUCAUCACUGAGGAAGUGGACGUCGCAGAAAAGCGAGAGAAAACGCAGUUCGCUCUCUUGCAUACGGAGCCCGAGGAGAUGCCCUUUCUUCCUCUUCACCUCGAAGACGGUGAAGACGAGGACGCGGACUUCAACGUGCUCGCCUCGUGGCUCGCCAACGGGUCGCCCCUUCGCUCGCCUCUUCUUUCUUCUCUCGUGGCUGGCUCUUCGCUCUCUUCCGAUGCACUUCUUGAAGACCCCGCACUGCAGCGGUGUGCGGUUCGCGAGCUGAGGCAACUGCUCGCCUUGUCUUUCAUUCGCUACGUUCUCGUUCUCGCUUCACCGCCCUCGUCCGGGCCUCCGGCCACUGCGUCUUCCUCGCGUCCUUCGUUUCGUUUCGGGGCCGAAGACGCGGGCGAGCGUGUCCUGAGAGAGAAGAGCGAGAUGCGAAAACGGGGCGCAGAGGAGACAGCGAACAAACUCGCGCUUCUCCUUCUCUGCGAAACACCGAACGUGCCCAGAUGGUCGGUCCCCGCUCAACGCUUAUGGCUUGACGCGCUUCGUCUGCUGUCCCUGCAAGGACGUCUUCGCGCUGCGCUCGGCGACGGAGACGCAGCUGCUGCUCGCCAGAUUCUUUCGCAACCUUCUUCUCUCCUCAUGUCUUCCGCGUCGUCUUUGUCGCCUGCGCAGUCUUCCCUUCGUCGUCUGUCGCGUUCAGCCCUGACGUUCACUGACUCGAUUCGAGGGGAAAUGCACAAGAGACACCCCAGCAAAGCGACGUCUCUACCCGUCUUCUCUUCCUACUCUCCCCCCCUCAGUGACUCGUUGCUCUUCACCCUUCAGUCGCUCCUUGUCUCCUCACCCGUGGCUGCUGCAAGCUGCCUCAUAGUCUGUCUCAAGGCUCUGAGGGAUAUUGUCAAAGACCAAUCUGAGGCGGAUCCACGGCUCGAGAGAAAACGAAAAGCGCCCUCUUGGUCGCCGCCGUUCUCCUCGGGCUUCUCCUCUGUCUUGGGAAAAGAAAUAUACGACGCGGGGGGACAUCCCCUUCCACCCGCGGCGUCUCCUCUCUCGCCGCGCGUGUCUCCGAUGUCUGUUCCGCUACUUCCGCCAGCUUUCUUGCACUUGGCCGGCACUGUGCUCGACUCUCUCGCUUCCUCUCUGGUGUCGCCAGUGCCUGCUCCGGAAGCGGAGAAGACAAAGGGUGAAAACGAGAAGAACGGGGGACAGGGCAGACUCCAUUCCCUUCUUCUCGCUCUUCGUCUUCCGCGUUUCACUGCGAAAGCACAGGAAGAGAAAGAGACCGAAGCUCGUGGCGCGGGCUCGCAAGAAGAGGAAGAACUGCCUCCGUGGCUCUCAGGCACAGAGAGAUCCUCUGCAAGCGCUCUGGUCCCGUUUUUUCUUGCUGAGAAACACAAACAGAAAGAGAGUGCAGAGCGGCAACACGGGACACCCGCAGCUGAAGACAAGAGAACGAAAGGCAACAGGGAGAGCGACGACGCGGCCCUUUCGGCGUCCCCGUCUCCGUCUCGCUUCUCAACGAAUCUCCUAUUCCUCUUCGCCGCCUUCCUCUGCGCGAUCGUGGAGAGCUCGCCGUACCUCACCAGCCCGCUCCACUCUCAACUCCUCGAUUCCACCUGUUUGCCACUCUCGGGCGACGACAACGCGUCUGUUGCUCACUCUGCGUUGCCGCUCGCUCCCGCUCCUCCCACGCCUUUCACCUCUCCGUCUGGUGCGUCCUCUGCUCUGCUCCUCCGGCCGUCUCCUUCCCUGCCGUUUUCCACAGUCUCUGCCCGAGCUGCGCUCGAGAGUGAAGUCGCUUCCUCGCUCGCUCUCGGCUUUGAUUCGCUGCCUUUUCUUCUCUCAGGAGCUCGCGGUGAGGAAACCACAGGGGCAGAAGCAGACGUCGGGCGCGCCUUCAUUCGCUUCGCGCUGCGCGUCGGCGAUCUUAGGCAAUACGAGGUCCAGACGAAGGCGGCCGGGGAGCGACCGGCCGCAGACGAAGGCGAAGGGAAACGGGAGGGACACCUUCCUCGCCACGGCGUUGCCUACGAGGAGAGACAAGGAGACUGGACACAGCCCGUUCGCCACGCUGUCCGCGUUUGGAUGGCCCCACAAAGCUUGGCCUCACGCCAUUUUACCGCCUGGGCGGAAGAGACACUCGCAGGGGCUCUUCAGGGCAUGCAGCUGCUGCUCCUGGAAGACCUGAUUGAAUGGCCCGCCCGCCAAGCGGCAGAUGCGUUUUUUGAUUGGGACCCUGAUUCGAUUCUUGCGCAGACUCUCGCUUUGUUGGAAACUCCGCCGCCUCCUCCGUCGUCGUUUGUAUCUCUCACUCACAUCCCGAAACGGACAGCAGCCUCAGCUCUGGCGUCGUCUUUGCCAUCUUCCGCUCCAUCUUCUCCGUCUCUUUCUACUUCUUCUCCUUCCUCUCCACCUCUUCCUUCUCCGCCUUCUCCAUCUUCUCCGUCUCUUUCUACUUCUUCUCCUUCCUCUCCACCUCUCCCUUCUCCGUCUUCUCCGUCUCUUUCUACUUCUUCUCCUUCCUCUCCACCUCUUCCUUCUCCGUCUUCUUCUCCUUCCGCUCAUUCUUCUCCAACUUCCCUUCUUUCGUCCGUCGCGCACUUCUGGCCAUGGCCUGCUGUCGCGACAGACGAAAAGCAGACGUGGGAGGCGGAACGGCCGUCUUCACAGAGAUCGGAGGAAGGAGAGCGUGGAGCUGUGUGCGCUCGACUGCCUUCUUCCCCGUCCUUGCCUCUCUGCACGAAGAGUGAAGAGGCCGAACUCGAAAAAAACGCAACGUCGGGCGCCUCGCUGUUUGCUUUUCUCGCAGAGGGCUCCGGCGCUCGCCCUUGGGAAAAGCGAAGAGAACGAGACACGGGGAGCUGUCCUGUUGCGCAUCGGGCGACGCAGCCCCGAGGAGAGACGCACAGCGAGACCAGUCGGAAAGCAGGCUCUCUUGGCGAGCUGCGGAAUGUCUGCGGAGUAGAGAAGACAACGGAAGAAGGGGAAGAAGAGGCGGUGAAAACAGAGCAUGCGGCACGUCGAAGGGAAGGAAACGAAGCAGAGAGAACGGAGCCGCGUUUGUGGCGGCAUGGACAAGGAGAGAAAGCAACGGAGGGAGACAGAGAGGAGGACGGGACACCCGCGGGAAACAGAGCGCCAUCAGCGUUCGCGGGAUCCCCACAGACCCUCGCUGCCUUCGCUCCUCGGUCCUCUUCCGGUUCUGCCCAGCCUCUCUCUGCCUUUUCCUCUGCGUCUUUCCGGCCUGACCCGUCUUCUCCCGGCAUUCGCCUCGAGGUUGCGCCGACGCUGCCGCUUCAGGUUCGCGACCGCGAGAUGCUCUUUUCUCUGCUUGUGGGCGACGAGCGACAGGCCGCUCUUCGCCAACUCGCUCUCCUCUCUUGCUGUCCUCUCUCGUUUCCGCAUCAGCAGCUGUGGCGCGCCGGUGCCUACGACGUCCUCCUGCUGCUCGCCGGGAAGACUCUCGAUGCGCUCCUGCGGGACACGCACGCGUUGGAGCUGUACACCUUUCGCUCACCGGAAACGGUCUCGACAUGCGGACGAAAAGGAUGGAGAGGCGAUGCGCUCCACACAUCAGCGUGUGGACCUGUUACGAAACAGGAGGCACGUGAGAGACAGAGACGAGCAGACGACAGAGGCGACCUAUGCAGGCACGAGAGCGACUGCCCUGGAGGCCGUGGACUGGACAAGGCGUCGCCUCCAAAAACCGUUCCUCUCCCUGACGCGCUUCCUCCUUUGUCUGCGGAUUCUUCCCCUCUCUCGGCCCGGUCUUCUCAACCGUCGUCCUCCCCUUUGGCACCUUUCUCUCUGUCUGCCUGUGUGACAGAAAGAGAGGGGGUAAGAGACGCCGCGAGGGAACCUCGGCUCGGCGGCGUGUACCCGCUCGCAGAGGAGUCGGAGACAGAGGAGAACGGAGUUCGCCCCACAUUCUCGUUUUUGACCUGGGCACCUGCGCGGUGGCUUCCGUCUCUCUUUGGAGAAGGCGGAGAGGCACCGACAGCCGGGAUGGAGACACUCAAGGAGACGCCGGGGACUGAGAAAGCUGCUGAGACACGGGUCCGUCCUGAGGCGCCGAAAGAGAGUGAAAACGAGAAUAAGACGAAAGAAGAGAAGGCGUUUCUCGUAAGCGUCGAAAAAACGCGGACGGAACGGCUGGAGUUGUGGCAGGAGCUCCAGUGGAUGAUUCGCACGAUCGCCAACAGCGCCGCAGCCGCGGACUCGCCCCUCGUGGCGUCGGUCCGAACUCAGACUGCGUGGGAACAACUUCUUCUUCAAAUCGUCCACGAGGUGUAUGUACACCCGGCGCUGCUGUCUCCCGUUUUCUACACUUUGCGCCAUCAACUUCCCCCUGUCACUCUGCGUUUAUCUGCCCCCGGCCUUGUUUAUUAUGAGGCGGUCAGAGCUCUUCACAAUCUGCAGUCUCAGGCGCGCUCUCCGCCGGCGAUGCGGCCUGUUUACCUCGGCUGCGUCUAUCCGUUUUCUCUUCCCGACGAAUGCCACACCAUCCUCGAUCCUCUCCUUCUCUUGCCGCCGCCUCAUAGUCCCGUCCGUCCGUUGUCUCCGGCUGCAGUGUCUCUGUGGGAGCGGAGCCAGCGGGAUUUGUGUCCCGGGUCUGGCGAAGCGAUUCUUCAGCCGCAUCUGCCGACUUUUCACCUUACUCGCGGACAGCUUCGACGCCUUCUCGCGGAGCUUCAUUUCUUCCGUCAACACGGCCACAGGCCGGAUGCAGAUUCCCCUCAUCUCUCUUCGUCUGGUUCCUCGCCUGCCGUCGCGUCUCGCGACGCGUCUCCUCGGUCGCUGAGUCAGCCUCCGGGGGGGACGGGAGACGGAGACGAGACCCCACGAGCGCACCGCGGCGGGGCGAGAGCAAGAGGAGCUGACAGUUCGCUCGGUUGUCUCUCGUGCCACUGUCCACCAGACUGUCCCUGUUGUUUCUACUUUUGUGCAGCCCAUCACCUGGAAGACUGUCGACAGCGCAGAGACUGCCUGGAGGGAGACGCGGGUGAAGGAACGGGCGGAGGAGGACAGAGCGACGCUGAAGCAGAGAGCGAGCGAACGGGGCGCCGGGGUCGGGAAGAAGAGUACGAGAAGAAGUACUGCGGAGAGCGAGGCCAGUUCAGUCCCGGAAGGAGAGAAGGAGAGAGGCGACUGACGGACGAGCAGACAGCAGGAAAAGAACAAGUCGCGGGCAAGGCGCCCUUCGUCGUCUUUCUCCACGGCUUGCGAGGGAGCGCGUGGAGGACGUGGCGGUGCAGCAAAUGCCGAGACGAAGUUCUUUUCCCUGCAGAUGGAGGCGCAUUGCAGACGCCGGAAGAAGCCGUCGCGCAGAAGCCGGCUUCCCCCCGCGCGUUCGUUGCGCCUGCCGGGUCCUCAGAGCACGAGGAGAGAGAAGUGGCGGGCAAAGGAGACCAAGCGCGCGACAGGCGCGAAGGGUCGCAAGACCGAACGGUGUCGGGGACUUCCCUCGCCCCGACCUGCACGUGCCAAAUGCGGGAGGCACGCGGGUCCGAAACAGGGGAACGGACGCCAGAAGAGAAAGAAAUCCAGUCCUUCAAUUCCUACUUUUACCUCUGGCCCCGGCAACUGUUUGCCAGACUCUUCCCGGAGUGCGCUGUCAUCGCCAUUGACUACCCGGCCCCGCUGUUUCGAGAACAGCCGCCGUUUUACCGCCAUCCUGCAGGCCGAGACGAGAAAGGGGACUGCCUGGACGAAGACCCGAGGGUGUGGAACGGCUUUUCUCUCCAUGGGCAAGAAAGUGGAAACGGAAGAACACCGUCAGCGGAGCCGAACCAAGAGCAGCCCGCUUUUCCCGAUCGUGGUCUCACGCGCUCUCUCGACACUCAUCUGCCGUCAUCCCCUGCUUCUCUUUUGCCUCGUGGUUUUUCUUCGUCAGUCCUUCCGGCCUCUUCGCCCUCGUCUCUGGCUUCUCUGCAGUGGCCGACAAAGCAAGAGGAACUCCGCAGGAGCGCGGAAAAAGAAGAUAACUGGUCAUCUCCGUCCUCUUCUCCCUCCGCUCCUCUCUCCCCUUCUUCCUCGCGGCUGCGUCGCUCUACUAGCAGCAGCUUCUUAGAGGGCGGCUCUGCGGAGGGCGUGACGCUCAAGCAGCUUGGCAGAUGCGCGCUGGAGCAGUUGAACGCGGCAGGAGUGGGAGUGGAAGAUCGGCCCAUCGUUUUCGUGGCGCACUCGAUGGGAGGCCUGCUCGCGGAGUUCCUCAUUCUCCACGACGAGGGCAUACGAAAAAAUACCCAAGCGAUUCUCUUCUUCGCUACUCCGCUUGAAGGUUCACCCCUCGCUGAGGGCGACUGGGUGCGCGUCCUGCGAGGCUUUUUCCCACGAUAUGUCCAGCAGCUGGGUCCAGGAGACUCUUACCGUCAGGCCCUCUCCAGCGCCUUCCAGACGCUUCUUCACUCACCCAAGGGAGAACACAUUCGCGUUGCGGCCCUAGGCGAAGUCCGAGUCACGAAACUCCCCUACCUUGGCAGAAGCACACUGAUUGUGCCUCCGCGGUCCGCUAUGCCCAGUUGGCUGCCGGCCUCUCCGCGCGUCCUGGUCGACGUGGACCACACGCAAGUCUGCAAGCCUGCGACGCCUGCCGACGUGCGUUUUCGCGUCCUCGCAGAUUUGCUGAACGAGGUGAAGGACGAGCAGAAAGCGGCGAGAAAGCGGCGAAAGGCGAACGGACAGGAGGGAGGAAGCGAAGCAGAGAAGAGCAGGCGCGGCGGGGCGCAGAAGACGUGCGGAGACACGAGAGCAGGGGGGGCUGAAGGCAAAUAG